AUGCCUCGCCCUCGGCAUAAGACCACUGCUCUGCCUCGGGAUCUCCGAUCCGAGCUCGGAAUCCGCGAUAGCUACGGCGAAAAGAAGCGUCGUCUCAACGGACCUGCCUCGCGCAAAGAGCGCCGCCAAAAUGAGCGUACGGAGAAGAAAUCUCGACAUGCAGCCUCGCAACACAAGAAGACUUUUGAGCGCCCACAGCAGCGGCCUCAGCAGAAAACUCAGCGACCAGCUCAGGUCGACAGCGACGACAUGGACCUUGACGAGGAACCAAGCGCACAGCCGACAAAGUCUAAAUCUACGAAGGAGACUGCGAAGAAACCCAAGUCAAUUCUGAAGAAAGCACCUGUUCAACAAGAGUCUGAAUCCGAGUCUGAAUCCGAGCUUCAGUUUGACUCCGGAUCAGAGAUAGAUCUCAACGAGGAUGACAGUGAAGAUGAAGAUGAGGAGUCGGACGACGAUGCGUCCGAAGAUGAACCCGAGGAAGAUAUCCCGUCUGCAAGGCACAUCUCAGGAUCAGUUAAGUCCAAAUUGGCGCAAGACGAUGCCGAGAUCGCUGCAUUGGAGAAGAAGCUUGGCCUCAAGAAAGGUAAAUUGCCGAAGGCCUCUGAGGACGACGGAUUGGAUGAUUUGCUGGGAGACCUUGGCGGUAUCGGCGGUGAUGGCUCAGAGGACGAGAGCAAGAAGCGCAAAAGAGAAGCCGACGAUUGGCUACGGAACAAACGACUCAAGGCCAAGAACUUGCAGGCUCAACAAACCGCAGAAGACGAUAGUGAAAUGGAUAGCGCUGAGGAUUUUGAUCUGGACGAGGAAGUUUUCGGGAGCGAUGACGACGAGGCAGCAGAUGGAAGCGAUUUCGAUGGCUUCGACGAGGAAGAGAGGAAAGAGCCCAAGCAGAAAGAAAAUCCUUAUAUCGCCCCGGUCACAAAGCCUGAACCCACAGCUCAGAAAUACAUCCCACCUUCACUGCGCGCGCGCCUUGACCCGGAAAACGAAUCUUUGACUCGACUCAAGCGCCAAGCACAGGGACAUCUGAACAAAUUGUCCGAAGCUAACAUGCUUUCAAUUGUUGCUGAAUUCGAAAAGCUCUACCGCGAUUACCCUCGUCAACAUGUCACAUCCACCUUGAUCAAUUUGCUGAUGGGAUUGAUCUGUGAGAGGGCGGCUCUGCAGGAUACCUUCCUCAUUUUGCAUGCAGGUUUCAUUGCGGCGUUGUACAAGCUGCUGGGAAUGGACUUUGGCGCAGAGAUUGUUCAAACCGUUGUCGAAACAUUGGAUGCUGAUGGUGAUGAGCGAGGAAAGUUCCAAGGAAAAGAAGCUACCAACUUGGUGUCUCUUCUGUCACAACUUUACAACUUCCAUGUUAUCGGUUCCUCGUUAAUGUUCGAUUACGUUCGUCUUUAUGUGAACGAGAUUACAGAGACGAACACCGAACUUUUGCUUAAGAUUAUUCGGAAUUCUGGCCCUCAGCUCCGACUGGAUGACCCAUCUGCGCUCAAGGACAUUGUACUGCUCAUUCAGCCCGCGGUUGCCAAAGCCGGCGAAGACAGUCUGUCUGUUCGAACCAAGUUCAUGAUCGACCUCAUCACAGAUUUGAAGAACAACCGCGCAAAGGCCUCCGCUGCAAUUGGCGCAGGUAUUACCACGGAACACAUCACCAAAAUGCGCAAGAUUUUGGGUUCUUUGAACAGUUCUCGCACUAUCCGUGCAUCCGAACCUAUUAACAUCUCCCGUGACGAUAUCCACAAUUCUUCGAAGAAGGGCAAAUGGUGGCUGGUUGGCGCAAGCUGGAAGGAAGAUCCUCUUGUAGCUGCACAGCGUGAAAUGGCCCUCGUUCAAGAAAGCCAGACCCAAGUCCAAGACGACGAAAGCGACGGCGAGCCUGACUUUGGUGUCCUCGCUAGAGCCCACCGCAUGAACACAGAUGUCCGUCGCUCGAUCUUUGUUGCCAUCAUGUCUGCCAAUGACUUCCAGGAUGCGCAUGUCCGACUCAUGAAGCUUCGCCUCAAGCGUGCUCAGGAAUUCGAAAUCCCCCGUGUGCUCCUGCAUUGUGCUAUGGAAGAACAGGGCCACAACCCUUACUACUCCCUUAUCGCACGCCGACUUUGUGGUGAUUUGGGACGUCGUAUCAAGAUGUCAUUUAUGUUUGCGCUGUGGAAUGUCUUCAAGAAGAUGGGUGAGCGCGGAGAUAUGGACGAGGAUGAAGAUGAUCACUUUGACCCCGACGAUGAGGAGAACGGCGUCAGCAUGAAGUCUGUGGUUAACCUGGCCAAGAUGUUCAGCACCCUCAUUACUGACGGUAGCUUGACACUGAGCAUUUUGAAGAAUCUCAACUUCGCAUACCUGCAACCCAAGACCAAGACCUUCGUCGAAGUCUUGAUCAUCAGUAUCAUUCAGCAAUCCCAGAAGUCCAAGAAGAAGAAGAAGAGUUCCAAGAGCGCUUCAACCGACGAGGAAGGCAGGAAUGAAGAAGCUUUGAUGCAGGUCUUCCUACGUGUCAAGGAAACCCCACACAUUGGCAAGGGCCUUAUCUACUUUGUGCGAAAGGUUGUCGCGAAGAGUGACAUUGUCUCCCCCGAGGAACUGAAACUCGUUCGGUGGGGAUGCAAUGUGGCUGUUGAUGCCCUUAAGGCUGUUGCGGACUAG